CGAUUCUUCUCGCUCGCAUCAAGUGCAAGGCUCCCUUCAAUCUCUCUCACCCAUCAUUUGGAUGCUAAGGAGGUUCAUCAGCACACCAAUCACCCUUCGAGCUACUCCUUUACUCUCCGCAUCCAGACCCCUACCACUUCACUUUCCCGCACAGCGAUUGAAAUCGACAAUGUCCGCUCCUGCCAACCCGGCCGAGGGAGCUAACCUCCUCAAGGAUGAGCUGACGGGAGAGAUGGUUAGCAAGAGCGAGCUCAAGCGUCGCCAGAAGCAGCGCGAAAAGGAGGCCCAAAAGGCAGCAAAGGCAGCCGCUGCCCCUCCGCAGACCAAGAAGGAAAACGAGGAGGACCUUUCCCCCUCUCAGUACUACGAGCGUCGAGUGCGCACCAUUCAGCAGCUGCGUGAAACUCGCAACCCCGACCCGUAUCCGCACAAGUUCCACGUCUCGACCUCCCUGACCGACUUCAUCGAGAAGUACGAGUCGCGAGUCGAAGCCGGCGCUCAGCUCGAAGGCGAGAGCGUUUCCCUCGCUGGUAGGAUCCACAACAUGCGCUCAGCCGGUUCCAAGCUGCGCUUCUACGACUUGCAUGCCGAGGGCGUCACGAUCCAGAUUACGGCGUCUGCGCAGGACCACAAGGAGGGGGACUUUGCGGCUGUGCAUGACUUGCUGCGCCGUGGUGAUAUCGUCGGUGUCAAGGGAACGCCGGGAAAGACCAAGUCGGGCGAGCUGUCCAUCUUCCCGCAGUCGAUCCAACUGCUCUCGCCUAACUUGCACAUGCUGCCCAAAGCUACGCAGGGCGGAUUCACCGACACCGAGGCGCGAUACCGUAAGCGCUACUUGGACUUGAUUAUGAACAACAACGUGAGGGACAUCUUUGUCAAGAGGGCUAAGAUCAUCAACUACGUAAGGCGCUUCCUCGACAACAUGGGCUUCCUUGAGGUCGAGACCCCCAUGAUGAACAUGAUCGCCGGCGGAGCCACAGCCAAGCCCUUCAUCACCCAUCACAACGACCUGAAGCUCGACCUCUUCAUGCGUGUUGCCCCCGAGCUCUACCUCAAGGAGUGCGUCGUCGGUGGCCUGGACCGCGUCUACGAGAUUGGACGAGUCUUCCGCAACGAGUCCAUCGACCAGACGCACAACCCUGAGUUCUCAAUCUGCGAAUUCUACAUGGCCUAUGCAGACAUGCACGACCUCAUGGACAUCACCGAGUCGAUGAUCUCUGGCCUCGUCAAGGCGGUCACAGGCGGGUACAAGAUCAAGUACCACCCUGACGGCAAGGACGACCCAAACGGUCGCGAAUUUGAGAUCGACUUCUCCACGCCCUGGAAGCGCUUCGACAUGAUCAAGGAGCUGGAGUCGAAGCUCAACGUCACCUUCCCCGCAGCGGACAAGUUGCACACCGAGGAGGCCCGCAAGUUCCUCUCGGACCUGGCCGCAAAGCACGACGUGGACUGCAGCGAGCCUCGCACCUCUGCGCGCUUGAUCGACAAGCUGGUCGGUGACUUCAUCGAGGUGCAGUGCGUCAACCCAUCCUUCAUCGUUGGACACCCGCAGGUCAUGUCCCCCCUCGCUAAGCGUCAUCGCGACAUCACUGGUCUCUGCGAGCGCUUCGAGGUCUUUGUGGCGACCAAGGAGAUCUGUAACGCAUAUACGGAGCUCAACGACCCCUUUGACCAGAGGGAGCGCUUCGAGGAACAGACUCGCCAGAAGGACGCGGGUGACGAUGAGGCGCAGGGCAUUGACCACGUCUUCGUGGAUGCGCUGGAGCACGGUCUGCCCCCCACUGGUGGGUGGGGAUUGGGCAUCGAUAGGCUAUGCAUGUUCUUGACGGACAACGCGAGUAUUAAGGAGUGCCUCCUCUUCCCUGCUAUGAAGCCUCUGCCCAACGAGGGGGCAGGGAGCGUAGCUGUGCCUGCGAGCAAGGAGCAGGGGGCGUCGUCGGUCAAGGCGUAGGUGCGGCAAGGGGGAGCGAUGUAGACGUGCUUUGGUAUCAAUCGAUGAUUCGUUGCAUUA